AUGGAGCCUUAUUUAAAAGAUAAAUUUGCAGUUCAAGGAACUUUUUUAUCAUCAGAUUGCUUUCUAAUUUUGACAGAGGGCACAAUAUACAUUUAUGAUAGUGAAAAAGCCUAUAGUAAUGGAGAGAUUCCAGCAGAAAUACUCAAUCUCAAAAUGUAUAAAAUUUAAAUUGCCCAAAAAGAGGGUAAAGUUCUAACUUUAGUUAAUAUCAAGAAUUAAGAGAAAUAAUAUGUCUUUUAUAGUAAUAGGAGAGAAUAAAUAGAUGUAUUAUCACAUAAUAUUACUUAGUGUUGGUACAAUAUGAUGAAAAAAUGGAAAGAAUAAUAUGAAUAGUUCUUGCAAAAUGUUAAUGAACAAAAAAUUGAUGUUGUUCCUUUUGAGAUGAUGGAAUUAAAAUAUUCAAUUGAUUUAAAAAAUGAUUCACUUGAUUCCGCAUUAAUUUAAUAAUGA